UCAUCUGUUUGCUGAGUGGAGUGUGAGUGUGUGGAGAUGGUGCUAAAGUAGUGAAGAGUGAAAUAAAGUCGGGAAAGAUGGAGAGAGAAGUUCAGGAGAGUGCAGAAGAAGAAGUGGACAGAAGUGCAGGAGGCAAUGAAGCCGAGCUUGAGAGUUACACCAGAGCCAAGUUCACACUCUGGGCUUAUAUCAUCUGCUGGACUGCACUCCGACUACUGAUACAGAAGCUGAGGAUCAGCGCUGCAGGGCAACAGGUCCAGGAAGCUCUUGAGGCCCCGAAUGACCCUGGUGGAGCAGAGCAGACCAAGUGUGAGCUCGAUUCAUACCCACAAGGAUGGAGAGAGCAGGAAUCGGACAGUUCACAUGAACCGUGGAAUGACGAGGACGAGUUUUCGGCUCUGUUGGAGGUGGAACAUCUUUACCCAGGACUGAACUUAGAAGCUGCACCGGAGAAAUCAGACUGUAAAGUGCAAGGAGGAGGGACAAACACACACUGCAGAGAGCAGGAGAUACAACACAUCAACACACUUAACCCAGAGAAAGAAGAACUAAAGAGACAUAUUAAUGCACACCGUGGAGAGCUCACGGAGGUAACACAGGAAGGACUGUCGCUCUCAGUCAACGGUCUCAACACAGCGGAACAUGAUCAAGGAACAGGAGAAGUGAAUACACAACAUGUAAACACACACGGUUCAAAACACACCCAUACCAUCACAAAUCACACAGAGGAACUGAAAACACAGGACACUGAAAAUACAGAGUUUACAGGCAAAACCUGUGUAGAAACAAACAGUGAAGAGACGGCAGGUUCACAAGCUGUAGAGAAAAAAGAUGAAAAUAUAGCAAAGGAAAAAAGAAAGGACUAUACUGAACCACAUGAUGAGACACAAAGCUCGUCAACAAAAUACUGUGCAAAAACAUAUCGCAAAGUCAGCACUUACUCACAAAGGACAGAUCUGUUUAGAUUAAACAAUUCUGGCAAGCACAACUCAGAGAGCACAAGUGAAUGUAGUGCAGAGAUACACAACAGUAACAUAAACACACUCUGUGAUAGGUUACACAGUACAGAAAUACACUCGUCUGACAGCAGAGAGGGAGAAAUCAGAGAUACGGGUGGACAACGCUGCUCUCAGGAUUCAGACCUUCACCAGACAAACAGCAACAACCUCGAUGCACACUGUCCUGAAACUUUUAUAGACACAGAAGGCACAACAUGCUUCCAGCAAAGACAUAGCAUCACGCCAGGGUGCGUAAAUAUCGAACACAAGGCACCACCGUCUCAGAAUGACAUAUGCAAUGGAAAAACAAGCAUCUACAAGGCAGAUGAACUUGACUUGCUAAGCAGGAGCGAACGGAAGCAAAUUAAUUGCAAUGAAUACGCUUUGCACACACAUGCACCGAAUGAGAGCACAAACACCUCCGGUGUAAACAGAAAGGCACUGAACACUAGCGUGCACUGCAAAGACGCUCUGAUUGUUUUCACAACUUGCAGAGACUGUAACGUAGCAGAGAUAGCACCAUCCAAAACUGAGGAAUACUCCUCAACACACCUUAACACUUGCGAUGGUGACACAAAGCCUCAUGACACACUGUGUGUAUCAGGUGACCAUUUGGGAACUGAAUCUGUGAACUCUCCAGCGUCUGGACUUCUUCACCCCUUAAACGGUCAACUGCUACCUGCUUGUUCGGAAGAGACAGCUGCAGAGACUAUAUUACACACUGAAGCAGAGACACAACUCCAAAACCCCCCACAUGAUCAGCACCAGGACUUAGAGACCAAGUUCCUGCCAUGCUCCACAGACUGUCACGAUGAUGACAGAAUCAUUUGGCGAAAGCCACCGGUUGUUGCAACAGAGAGCAACGAGUCCACACUACCCUAUACUGGGGGAUUUAAACAAUUUGUGAUCAGGGAGGAUAGAAGAGACAGAUUUGAAGAGAAGGCUUGGGAGGAUUCCUCCUUUCCACUUACCCUCUCACCACUAUCUACAUCUGUGGAAAGACUCGCAGAAGGCACCACCUUCAUCCAAAUACACCAUGAGUGCAAGGAUGUUGACUCCCAUAACCCAGAACUUUUGACAUUCUCCAGUCAUUCCUGUGACGUAUCGCAUUACUCCCUUUCCACAGAAGAGAAAGUGAAGGAUCCAAGCCAGGAACUGACAAGGUCUGAGGAAGUAGAGGAUAGUCUGUAUCCAAAACAUGGUCAGAGUAUAAAAGAUGAGCAUCAUCCUCCAUUUCAUUCAGCCAAGUCAAACCAUUCUGAGAUUAGGUCAGAGAACUGUGUCCUAUCAAAUCCUGUUGAAACACAGGCUCCACUAUUUACUUUUUGUCAGCCAACACACACUCAUGAGCAGUGUGUCAAUGUCUUGAAUAGCCACACACUAUUUAUUGAUUUAAAACAUAAGAGAAGCAUCUCUUCUCCUCGAGGGAAUGAGAGCCCAUUUCCAGAAACUAGCACUAUUAAGACUGUUGAAGACUCCAAAGCUUGCUUUGUUGAAAAGAACGAUCCUCAAUCAGAUCAGAUUGAGCCUUGUUGGAACCUUUCUGUACACAAUAACACAGCCUCGGAAAAGUCAGCAGAGGCCAAAGAAGCUGUAGCUGUAUGUAAUCCAUGGCUGGAACCUUUUUCUGAUGGUCCAGAAAGUGAUUCUGAGGAUAGUGAUCAAACCAAUUCCCUUGUCCUGACCUUUGACCAGAACGAAGGAGCACUUCAGCUGGACUUGGUCAGCUUUGAUGGUUUAAAGAAACGCUCCGAUGGUCUGUGUCCUGUAGACUGGAGUAGUGAGGAUUCCGCUGUCUCCGGGCUAGGUGAAGACUUGGAGAGCAUUCACUGUGAUUUCUACCCACCAAAGGUGGAGAACCUUGGGCAACCUACACAGAAAGAGUACCUUGAAAAGGAUUCAUGUUUACACUCUGAAUGUAAUAUAAUAAGCACAGAUGAUAAACUGCACAAUGAUCAAAAGUGUCACAUAGACUCACACUUAAUACAGUCAGUACCUAAUGGACUUGGUCCAUUUACACACUCUGAACAAUGCAAAGAUAUUAACCACACACAUAUAUACACUUCCCUCUGUGGCUGCAUGCAAGAGACUGAUUUAGACUCGUUCAGCUCUCAGCCACAUCAGCCAUGUACUGAAGUACUUAAAUCUUCACCAGAUUGUCUGGAGACACAGGAUCCUCUCAAGCAGGACGAUCAGAAAGAGCUCUUUAGCUCAACUCAGCUCAAAUCCCAUAACAGCAUUGGUAGCUGUCGAGAAAAAGAGGACAGUUCAUUAGCACUUUCUGGAGAAAAGACAAUACGCUACACCCAACCUGAGGUUCUGCUCACUUCCCGAAGCCUGGAGCCUAUCCCAGAGACAGACUGCAUCCUGGAUAACUUCUCGAACCUGAAUGAUGAUACCUUUCUAGGUGACAAGGAAACAGAUACUGAGAAGUUUGGAAGUAAAAAAAUGAAACCAUCAGAGUCAGACCAGGAUAUUCUUGGGGUCGCUUCCUGUAAGCAUCGUUUGGCUGUAUGCAAAGGAAAGUCUGAGGACCAGCCAUGCUCUGCUCCCUUAGACCUGAAUGAGGACAAGUCCUUGCAGAAUAAUGAAGCCACAUCAAUCAAGUGUCCAUCCACAGGAUCCUUGGAACUGGACACGAGCAGCAUUAACAGUGAGGACCAAGAAGAGCAGAGAUCUCCUGUUGCUGGUCCCACUGUGAAAUCACAACAAACAAAAAGUAAAGUUAAGCCAUCCAAAUUCUCAGUUUUCUCCAAAAUGUCCUCGUUCAGACGAGGAAAAAGUAUGGCAAGGGAUGGGAGCGUAAGUAAGGGUGAAAUUUCACCAAAGGACUCUCAGGACAGAGGAGAGGACCUUCUUUUCUCUAGGAGUCACCUGACACAGGAUGCAGGACGAGACCCAGAGAGUCAGACAGACAACUCAGACGAUGAAGUCUUCUACAAAAGUGAGGCUGGAAAUAAGCAACCAGGGCUCCGGGCAGAUACAGAGGAAGAAGAGGUGGAGGAGGAUGUCUUUGAUCAUGUCCAGGGGACAGGGGAUACAGAAGGUUCGGAGAUGUCACAACUUAAACAGAACACGGGUAGUGAAUGCUCAAGCUGCAGGAGGAGCAAAAGCACAGAAGGCCUAAGCUUUCGCUUGCGUUUUGCCCAGGCCCACAAGUCUCUGUCAAGCCUAUUUGAAUCUCGUUCCAUGGAUAAGUACAAUGAGUGUCCGGAAUCAGAAGAUACACGAACCAAGCUUUCAUGGAGGAAACAGAAACGGGCAAAGGAGGUGGAUCUUCUAAGACGUACAAUGUCUGUGCCAGACACAGACAAAGAUGGAAAUAAAGCUCUGCAGCGCCACACUGACCCACUUAGCAAGCGUGGUGUCCUGCGAGAUGGAGUUGGUGCAUCCCUGCAGGACAGCAAAUCAGAUGGGCGCAAUAGGAGGUGCUUGUCAAUUACACUUAUUGAUUCCUCACCGACUGGUGACUCUGGUCCCGUCUCACCUAUGUCCCCACUAGCCAAUCAGCUGUCAUCAUCUUGUUCCAAAAUGCCACCAGGGAGCAGUGAAAACCCAGAAUUGCCCAUGAGACCAAUGAGUCCCAAACCAAGCAGUCCAAGGUCUGCAGGGCAGAAACAGCGGUUCCGUUACCCCUCUUCACGGGCCAACACCCUUUCUCUGAUUAUUCUCGGCCAGAGUGUUAGUGUUUCAGAUCCCCCCGAGAGACCGAGGUCCCUCAAACCUAAAGUGGGCCGUCAGGGUUCUCUCAGCCCACUAAGUACCAGCAGCCAUCUGGAUGAUGGCAGCGUAGACAGCCCCUCUCCCAUCAGCACCAUUACCUCUAUGACAGCCAAUGAAUUUGAGCCUAGCAUAUCGCAGAAGGUAUCUCCUGGAAGUCCCCAUCUCUCCAGUCACUCUACAGUAAUGAAGAUGAUGAAUAGUUCUCCUGCUGGGUCACCAAGUCCGACAACCAGAUCUGGAUCCAGCAUGAGCACUACCCUACCCAUGAAGGUCAGACUGCAGAGACACUGUUUUAGGGAUGAUCUGUGGAUCGAGGAGGAGAAGAAGCGGCAGAGGAGGCUGAUGAGGGCCACACCAAAGAGGGGCACUCACCCAUUGGAAGAGUUAGAGGAAGUGAGGACGCGGCUGUCUCUAUGUGCACUGAAAGUGUUUCCUGGAAUGCCACUCCGAAGCUUCUCUCACAGCACCCCCAUUGGUCUGGACUGCCUCGGCUGGAGACGACGCAUGUCCUCUCCUGCGGUGAUUGUUCCUGAUGGAGCUCCAGAGAAGCUGGGUGGAGGUGAUGAGGCUGGCAGUGAAGAGGAUCUGUACGAGGAGCUCCGCAGUUCAGGACAUCGCUUCCCUCAUCCAGGAGGAGCAGGAGAGCAGCUGGCCAUCAACGAGCUGAUCAGCGACGGCAGUGUGGUGUAUGCCGAGGCAUUAUGGGAUCACGUCACCAUGGAUGAUCAGGAGCUCGGCUUCAAGGCUGGAGACGUCAUUGAAGUAGUGGACGCCACAAACAAGGAGUGGUGGUGGGGACGCAUCCUGGACAGCGAGGGCUGGUUUCCAGCCAGCUUUGUCAGAUUGCGUGUGAACCAGGAUGAGCCGAUGGAGGAUUACCUGGCACAGCUGGAGGAGGCUCAGGAGGAGCAGAGCUCCGGUGUUGGGCUGCUCCUCGGACCUGGCCUGCCCUGCAAAGAACAGAUGAGGACCAACGUCAUCAAUGAGAUCAUGAGCACAGAAAGGGAUUACAUCAAACACCUGAAGGACAUCUGUGAGGGUUACAUCAAACAGUGCCGGAGGCGCAUGGACAUGUUCACAGAAGAGCAGCUGUGCACCAUCUUUGGAAACAUUGAGGACAUCUAUCGGUUCCAAAAGAAGUUCCUGAAAUGUCUAGAGAAGAGGUUCAACAAGGAUGAGCCUCAUCUCAGCGAAAUCGGCUCCUGCUUUUUAGAGCAUCAAACAGAUUUCCAGAUCUACUCGGAGUAUUGUAACAACCACCCGAACGCCUGUGUCCAGCUUUCCAAGCUGAUGAAGCUCAACAAGUAUGUGUUCUUCUUUGAAGCCUGCCGUCUCCUCCAGAAGAUGAUUGACAUUUCUCUGGAUGGUUUCCUCCUCACUCCCGUUCAAAAGAUCUGCAAGUACCCACUGCAGCUGGCCGAGUUACUGAAGUACACCAACCCCCAGCACAGGGACUACAAAGAUGUGGAGGCAGCUUUAAAUGGGAUGAAGAAUGUGGCCCGGCUGAUUAACGAGAGAAAACGGCGUCUGGAGAAUGUGGAUAAGAUCGCUCAGUGGCAGAGCUCCAUCGAGGACUGGGAGGGUGAAGAUAUCCUCAGCAGGAGCUCGGACCUGAUUUACUCCGGAGAGCUCACAAAGAUCUCUCCACCUCAUGCCAAGAGCCAGCAACGCAUGUUCUUCCUUUUCAACCACCAGAUGGUCUACUGUAAAAAGGAUUUGCUCCGCAGGGACAUCCUGUACUACAAGGGGAGGAUGGACAUGGAUCAGAUGGAGGUGUUGGACGUGGAGGACGGGAAGGACAGGGAGCUGAACGUGAGUGUGAAGAACGCAGUGAAGCUCCGCUCGCUCAGUGGAGACGAGGUUCAUCUCCUGUGCGCUAAAAAACCUGAACAGAAGCAGCGCUGGCUCCGAGCGUUCGGAGACGAGAGGGAGCAGGUGCAACAUGACCAAGAAACAGGUUUUUCCAUCACUGAGGUGCAGAAGAAGCAGGCCAUGCUCAAUGCCUGUAAAAGCCAUCCAGCUGGAAAGCCCAAAGCCGUGACCAGGCCCUACUACGACUUCCUGCUGCGGCAGAAACACCCGACGCUCCCCACCAGCCUCCCGCAGCAGCAGGUCUUCAUGCUGGCCGAGCCCAAACGCAAGAGCUCCAACUUCUGGCACAACAUUGGCCGACUGACACCUUUUAAAAAGUGAAUGAGAGAGAGAGAGAGAAAGAAAGAGAGAGAAAGCGAGAGAGGAGCUCUCAGCUUGUGCCUGAACUUUACCCUUCUAUUCUCAUUUUAUUAUUAUUAUUAUUAUUAUUAUUAUUAUUAUUAUUAUUAUUGUUCUUUUUUUAUUCCAUCGUCAUGGUUGUAAUUGCAGACCGCUCCACAGAUUUACUGUAAAUGUGUUUGAUUUUUGGAGAAAGCACUUUAUUAAGGUGGUUAUAAUCAGGCUCGGCGACUGGCUCCCCGGGACUGCGACAAUUUUUUUUUUUUUUUUUGGGGGGGGGGUCUUUUAUUUCCUGGAGCUCUGAUUAACCCCUGUCCACACUAAUAUCACUAACAUGUUGGUGUUUAUUUUUUAUUAUCUUGUUUUCUUAAAUCUUUUCAUGUCAGCAGAUGCCAAUUGUACACAGUGCCAGAGUUUGCUUUCAUAUUUAAGUUUGUUCCUUGUCACCUGAAAAAGUAAAUAAGAGUUACUACAGUUA